AUGUUCUACGACUUCUACCUGAUGCGGAAGCUCAAAUGCUCAAUGCGAGCCGGCUGGCCUCAGUGGCUAAGCAUCCGUGGACCAUCUCAGCCUGAGAUGAUGAACCUUACGAUUCGCAUAUCAGACUAUCUGAAAGAAGAGGCGAAGAAACAAGACUUCCCACAGGAUCCUGCCAACAUCAUCCAUCAGGUCAGAAGCGCAUCAUUCAAGAAUAACAUAGAUGAGCUCGGGGCGAAGAUUGAAGACCGCCUCGCAUGGGUCGUCUACACAUCCAACUACAUCGAAGUCACAGGAUCCAGCUUCCAUGUCACUAAGAAGAUCUGGCGAAAAUUAAUCCAUGGUGAUCCCGUGACUGCCGGAGUUGAACCAGGUUCGCUCGAGUACGAGCAAUCGCGAGAGGCUCUCAUUGCCCUAAAGCGUCCGCAUUCCGCCGAGGCCGUUACGAGAAGUCGACAAGAGAUCAUCAACCAUUCGCAUGCCUUGCUUAGCGCCAUCGACCGAAUCGUCCUGAACAGUCAGCCGAUCACUGAAUCUUUCUUCAAGUGCAUAUACAACGCACUCUGUGUGGGAAAGGUUUUGGGCAAGGUCGCUGGAAAUCCCGGAGUGUACCGGACCUGGGAGGUUGCCGCAAGCCAUGGCGAGGACACGAAGGAUAAGAAGAAAACAACUUCCAAGUUUAUCCGCGCCUCCGCAGUACCCGAAUACAUGAGCCAACUGGUGUCGGAUUUGCAUAAGGACAUGACAGCAGCGGAAGAGACGAAAUCGAUCGAUCCUUACGACAUGGCGAGCCGAUACUGUCACAGAACUACGCUGAGCAUGUCUGCGUUCGGGGGAAACGAUCUUGAACGAAAGGAGUAUCUAGAUCUGGCGCACCGUGCUGCCAAGAAGUUCUACGAAGAAGACAUGGAGGUCCAUGAAGACGAGAAGAAAGGGCAUCGCGAACUCGCUCGAUACACCCUCACGAAGUCAAAGAAGACUUUAGUGGAGCUAUGGACAUGCGUCCUCUCUACAUCUACUGGCUACCCAUUCAUUCAAGUCUUCUGCAAUGUCACCGGGUCCAAAGCCGGCGCCACUGUGAUGUCCUGCAUCCUCGUCACCUCCACCCUGGCCAAUGCUCUCAACAACAUGGCUGGCGCAUCGCGGCAACCGCUGUCCUCCGCGAGGGAUCAGGGGCUGCCAUUCUCCAAAUGGUUUGCUACCAUGCCCAAGGGCUAG